AUGUCGGCCGCAACCCCGCUAAUCAUAGUCAUCAUUGGAGUCGGGGGCAUAGGCUCGGCCAUAGCCCAACGCAUCGGAAGCGGCAGACUUCUUCUCCUGGCAGACUCUUCACAGGCUAAUCUAGAUGAAGCUUCCACCCACUUGGAGCUUCGCGGCCAUCGUACCAAGACACAGGCCGUGGAUAUCAGCAAUGCCUCGUCGCUGGAAAAGCUCGCCAACUUCGCCUCUUCGCUAGGUCAUAUCCACACUGUGAUCCAUGCCGCGGGCGUGAGUCCAGUCGCAUCCAGCGCCGCCCAGAUAUACACUAUCGACCUCGUUGGCACAGCGAAUGUCAUCGACGCCUUCCAGCCGGUCAUGACACCCGGAUCCUCGCUUCUCUGCGUGGCCAGUAUGGCGGGCCACUUGGUCGAUCUGCCACCUGCAGAACAAUCGCAUCUAUCCACGGCACCCACCUCUCGACUGGUAGAAUGCCCCAGCAUCGAUGCGAAUUCCGACGACAGCAGUAAGGCCUAUUCCAUCUCCAAACUCGCAAACAUUCUCCGCGUCAGAGCAUCUGCGAGAAGUUAUGGCGAAAAGGGUGCUCGCAUCAAUUCCAUAAGUCCAGGCAUCAUAUCUACGGCGUUGGGUCGGGAGGAGCUUGCCGGAGAGACGGGAGCUUUCAUUCGCAGGACCAUUGAGACAUGCCCAGCGAGACGAAUCGGGACGGUUGAUGAUGUGGCAGAGGCGGCCGCUUUCAUGACUGGUCCAAACGCUAGUUUCAUGACCGGAACGGAUUUGCUUAUUGAUGGGGGUGCGUCAGGGAUCAUGAAAGAGGCCAUAGAGCAGCGGCGGCGUGCUGCAGCAGCUGAACCCGAAGCUGCCGCAUAG